GGAUAAACAUUCUGACUUGUCGCUGUAGCAUUCUGUGAGGCAAGGGGUGAAGGCGAGCAAUGUAAGAGUCAGGCUGAAGGUGUGUCGGGGUAUAAGUAUAUCACACCGAAUUGGAUUCAUUCACUAGAAAAAUACAUCCACCAUGGCAAAAUAAUAUCCCUGUUAACACAGAAGAGACGCAAAGUCACUGUUGUGACCACGAAGUUUUCAGUCAGGAAGGCAACGGUUAGCCUGGGAAGCUAGCUACUGUAGCUAACGCGUUACAUAUACUCGCUUUUGCUAGCAACUGACCACAACACGGCGCAUUGGUCUAGUGAUCAAUAAGUUACCCAUUCCUUGUCGUCAGCCCCCCUUGUCUCCUAACCCAAAGUGGUGCCCUGCGUCCGGGUCCUGGGAAUAUGAGACAGAAUGAGUCGGAGAGAUACCCUAGUUCAUCUGUUUGCUGGAGGGUGUGGGGGAACGGUAGGAGCCAUCCUGACCUGUCCCCUGGAGGUGGUGAAGACCAGACUACAGUCAUCCCACAUCACACUCUACGUGUCUGGGGUGCAGCUCAGUACCGUCAAUGGGCCCAGCGUAGCACGCAUGUCCCCUCCAGGACCCCUGCACUGCCUCAAGUUGAUUCUUGAGAAAGAAGGAGCCCGCUCUCUUUUCAGGGGCCUGGGGCCUAAUCUAGUGGGUGUGGCCCCCUCCAGAGCCAUCUAUUUUGCUGCGUACUCCAGUGCCAAAGAGAGACUGAAUGGAGUGUUUCAGCCGGACUCCACACAGGUCCACAUGGUAUCUGCUGGCUUGGCAGGGUUCACAGCCAUCACAGCUACCAACCCUAUCUGGCUCAUCAAGACUCGCAUGCAGCUGGACUCCAGGAACCGUGGGGAGAAGCCCAUGAAUGCGUUUGAGUGUUUGCGGCGGGUGUACCAGACAGAAGGCCUGCGAGGGUUCUACCGGGGAAUGUCAGCGUCCUACGCUGGAAUCUCAGAGACUGUGAUCCACUUUGUCAUCUAUGAGAGCAUCAAGCGGCGCAUCCUGGAGGCCAAGGCCACGCAGCACAUGGACGAGGAGGAGGAGGCGUCCAAGGACGCCUCUGACUUUGUGGGGAUGAUGCUCGCCGCCGCCACCUCCAAGACCUGUGCUACGUCCAUCGCUUACCCCCAUGAAGUGAUCCGGACCCGGCUACGGGAAGAAGGCACCAAGUACCGUUCCUUCUUCCAGACUCUGACCACGGUUCCCAAGGAAGAGGGCUACCGGGCGCUGUACCGCGGCCUCACCACCCACCUUGUGCGCCAGAUCCCUAACACCGCCAUCAUGAUGUGUACCUACGAGCUAGUGGUCUACAUGCUGAAUGGUUAACCUCUGACCCUUGACCCAAGAUGAAAUCCCAGAGAGAGAUGGGCCGACGUGGACGGAUGGCAUAAAGAGACCCCAGAGAAAUUAAACAGGAGAGGGACCAGGGACUGUCAUCUCUCCCACCUCCAGUCCCUCCAUCCUGUCUUUCUAAAACUAAAGCAAAUUGUCCCAAAAGCACCCGUUUUUUUGGGAUGGGGAGUUGGGUUGUUUUCAGGGGUGCACGACACAGGAAGAGGGGUUGGUAGACAGGAAAUCAAUGUUUGUUUUGGGAAUAUGGUUUAAAGUUGUUUAAAAAGAAGCUGUCUCAUUGAAAAUGAGUCUUUAGGAGCCCUUUCUCUCGCUCUCUCUCGUUUUCUUGCUCUCUCUUCUUGUCUCUCCUAAAUAAGCGCAUAGCUUACUGGAGCAGGUACAUUGGGGAGAGCACUCAAGCUAGUUUAGAGUCUAACAAUGCUAAUAAUUUCUCUGGUUUGUGUGUCAAGGGGGCAAUUGGUAGUAGAGGCUUGUUGAGUGCAGGGAGGUCUUGAGGUGAGGAUAGUGUUGGAGUGAGGUGGAUAGGGGAUGUGCCUUGCAUGCCGACUUCAACUGACCUGUACAGAUGCAUAAUAAUGAUAUGUGGGGAAGCAGAGUUCAGACCAGCCCUGGUUUCUGGAUCUCAGUAGACCACAGUUGGACCGCAGGCAUUCAGAACCACACACACAGUGCUGGUCGGGUCCACUUUGUACUCAGGACGAAGCCUGGUCCUCUCCACCCCAGUUGGACCGUAGGCAUUCAGAACCACACACAGUGCUGGUUGGGUCCACUUUGUACUCAGGACGAAGCCUGGUCCCCUCCACCCCAGUUGGACCGUAGGCAUUCAGAACCACACACAGUGCUGGUUGGGUCCACUUUGUACUCAGGACGAAGCCUGGUCCCCUCCACCCCAGUUGGACCGUAGGCAUUCAGAACCACACACAGUGCUGGUUGGGUCCACUUUGUACUCGGGACGAAGCCUGGUCCUCUCCACCCCAUUUGGUCAACAUGCACAGGGGCUAGUCCACUCUGACAGGCCUAACCUAACAUAGGAGACUGGUUUGCCCUGACUGACAUCCUGACUAACACUAGACAUUGAUACUGGAAGAAACAUGCAGAAGUCUUUACUGUACGGCCUGGUCAGUGUGGACAGCACUUUGGGCUCUUUCUCUGUGUGCAUUCUGUAAAGUGAGUUGGGUGACCGUAAGAACCUCUGACCCACUCCCUCAGCACCCAGACUGACCAGAAUCAUCCGCCCUUUUUAACUACUUGAAAGUUAACCAACUCAAGGAAUAACAAACUAAAGACAAUGUGAGCAUUGUCUCGCGUCAGAAGCCAUCGCGCUAUCUGAAGUGAGACUCUGCUAUGAUAGUGAAACAACCACCAACCUUGUGAAUAUACUAAGAACGAAAAAAUAUUAACAGUAAAUCAAUAACUUAACAAGACAAUUUUAUACACUGAACAAAAAUAUAAACUCUGCAAUUUCACUGAGUUUUCAGUUCGUAUAAGGAAAUCAUUCAAUUGAAAUAAAUAAAUUAGGCCCUAAAUCUAUGGAUUCCACAUGACUGGGCAGAGGGCGCAGCCAAUCCGAAUGAGUUAUUCUCCACAAAAGGGCAUUAUUACAGACAGAAAUACCCCUCUGUUUUAUCAGCUGUCCAGGUGGCUGGUCUCAGGCGAUCCCGCAGGUGAAGAGGCCGGAUGUGGAGGUCCUGGGCUGGUGUGGUUACACAUGGUCUACUGCUGUGAGGCCGGUUGGAUGUACUGCCAAAUUCUCUAAAACGACGGAGGCGGCUUAUGGUAGAGACAUUAACAUUAGAUUCUCUGAACACCUCUAGUGGACAUUCUUGCAGUCAGUGUGCUAAUUGCACACUCCCUUAACUUGAGACAUCUGUGGCAUUGUGUUGUGGUAUUAUCUUGGCAAAUUAGAAAUGCUCACUAACAGGGAUGUGAACAAAUUUGAGAGAAAGAAGCUUUUUGUGCAUAUGGAACAUUUCUGGGAUCUUUUAUUUCAGUUCAUGAAACCAACACUUUACAUGUUGUGUUUAUAUCUUUGUUCAGUAUAAUAAUGAUUAAAUGGUAUAUAUUAAUGUCUUCAUAAGAUGUAACAUUGUUGAAUUUUUCUGCCCAGUCAUGGGAGCGUAAACUAUAUGUUUUGGGGGAAAUUCAGGAUGAACCUCUGAACCCCCAAGGUUUCCUCCCCCAAGGUUGCCUCCCCCAAGGUUUCCUCUCCCUCUUAGACAAAUGUGUGAUUCUUUAUGCAGUUUUCUGUAGACCUGCUCUGACCUACAAUUGCAUCUCUUGUGUUACAGAUGAGACAAUCCUCUGUCCAGUGUUCACGUUGGAGGUGUGUUGUACAGUUUAGUCUGCGUGUGAGAAUAGAUGGGAUACUCGAGUGGCUACACGAUAAGGAGACCCUAUGUUUCUAUCUCUAUACUUUAUGCAGUAUAUGUGUAGUUAGAAGAAAAAAGACUGUUUCAAACCCGAUUUUCUAAAAUGUUUCAUUUUGAAACGUCUUUUUCUGGUUUGUUUGAUUUCUAAUCGGACUGUUUUUCGAUGGAAAACAAAAAGAUGCUCUCUACCUACUUCGCCUCCAUUUUAUUUAGCUGUUUUUCCUGUUAUUUUGUUUGAGUUCUGUUUCAAAAUGACAAUGUUCAUCUCCUUGUCUACCUGUUUACAUUCAGCUGUGUGAAACCAUAGCCUUUCCAGCACAUGUAAGCUUCACUGCAGCCAUUCACUCAAAUAUCCACAGGUCACACUAAUGCUAGAAAUAAGAAUUAGGUUUAACAUGACAGUUCCUUAACAGAAAAUGCCUGUAUUGCUACUCAAUAUUCACUCUGGAACCCAGAAAAUUAAGACGGUAAUGACUGGAGUUGUAUUAAUAUCUAGAUAAAAGGAAACCAGCUACAGUUUGAGAUGUGUGCAUUUUUCAAAUGCACCUCUUCACUCUCCAUGCCAUCAGAUCUGGGUGACAUGGCUGAGACAAUCAUGAAGGCUGUAGAAGCAACUAACAACCUCACUAAAACAACUAAGGCUGUAUGUAGUAAGCACAUUCUAAAGAUGGUUAACGGUGAAGUCCGCUUGUGUUCCGCAAACAAAACAACCUGUACCUCCUGAGUGACUACACCAAGGGUUUCAGAGCUCCCUCCUCAGGGACCACUGGACGUUUCACAUAUUUGUUGUAGCCCUAAACUGGCACACCUGAUUCAAUUAGUCAACUAUCACCAAUUGAGUUGUGCCAAUUCGGGGCGCCAACAAAUAUGUGAACCAUCUGGUGGUCCCUGAGGAGAGGUUUGGGAAGUAUUACUCUACACCAGGGAUGGGCAACUUUGAUGGGGGUGGGGGCCACUAAAUCUGAACUCACCAUGAGGGGCCACAUUUGCUCACAGGUCUGUGUACCUACAUCCAUAAAAAAUCAUAUUAAAACACUUAUUGCACACAGUGAGUCCAUGCAACUUAUGUGACUUGUUAAGCAUAAUUUGAUUUGAUUACCCUGCAUUUGAUUAAUGCAGGGUAGUAACAUAAUGAGUUGGGAUUAUGGUUCUUUGUUUACCUAGCUAGCUACAUGUCUUAACAAAAGACUCCACUAUGCAAGUAACCAUUUUGGGUGCGUUGGUAAAUUCAGUCUGGCCAUCUACUCUGAUUUCAGAGCACUAAUCUGAGUGUGCCAGACCGCAAAAUAACUGAUGAAUUAAAGAACGCUCAACACCCGUCAGUAAACGUCAGUAAACGUCUGCAAAAAAGCAUAAUGAAAUUGUUGCCAGCAGCACAGUUAGUCACCAACGCUCUGGAUAACAUGAAAACAGUCUAACCAGCUCUGCUAGGGCGAGUAAAAUGGUCAGAGGGGGGUGUUUUCAUUUUUGUCUAGAAGUAGCUAGCCAACUUUAGCUUGGGUGCUUGACUGCCGUUGAAUGUUCGAUCAACCCUACUCCUCGGGCCGGGGCGUCCAGUGUACGCUCCGAGUGCGAAACGCUCUGAAUUUAUGAAUGGACAGCACAGUUGCACAGUAUCUGGCAGCACAGUUGCAGUCACUAACGCUCUGGAUAACAUAACAGCCCAACCAGCUCUGCUAGGGCGAGUAAUGUUCAGUGAGCUGUUCUCUCAUUUGUGUCUGGAAGUAGCUAGCAAGUUAGCUUGGGUGUUUGACUGCUGUUAGUACAGAAUGCUCGGAUCAACCCUUAAAGAUGGGUGGGGCUAAAGCUUAAGAGGGUGUGAACUAUGCUGAAUGGGUGUAGACAGACAGGGCUCUUCACUAGAUACGAAAACAUUCAAAGGCCAUUUUCUCAAAAGUGAGUUAACAAGUUUAUCAACUUCCAAAGCAAAAUUACUUCCCCAUUGUUCCUCGACUGUAGUGUAUGAUAUAUAAUUUUGUAGCUCGGAGUCUCUACUUUUAUCCAAUGUAAAAAUAAAAAAAACACGAUUUCAAAUUUUGCUACAAAAGACCGAUUUGAGCCAGUCGGUCACAAAUGUUCACUCCUAGACUUGCCAUAACAAAGGGGUUGAAUAGUAUUGACUUAAGACAUUUCAGAUUUUAAUUUUGUAUUAAUUUGUAAGCAUUUCUAAAAACAUAAUUCCACUUUCACAUUAUGGGGUAUUGUGUUUUAGGCCAGUGACACAUCUCAAUUGAAUCCUUUUUAAAUGGGGCUGUGAAACAAGUCGAGGGGAGGGAAUACUUUCUGAAGACGCUUCAACUUCCUGCAAUUCUACACAUUUUGACGGAGUUGUGAGAAAUGUUUGGAGUUUAUAAUACAUCUGAGGAAGACUGACCAACAAAUUCACUGGGGGCCACCCGGCCAGUAAUUCUACCAUAAUUACUAAGUAUAGCUGGCCGCUAGACUAAUUUACCAAUCUAAUAAUUUUUUGGCUGAAAUCAGUGGUGGAAAAAGUACCAUAGUGAGUAAAGAUACCUUAAUAGAAAAUGACUCAAGUAAAAUACUACUAGAGUAAAAGUCAAAAGUAUUUGGUUUUAAAUAUACUUUAGUAUCAAAAGUAAAAUAAAUAUUUUCACAUUCCUUAUAUUAAGCAACCUAGACAGCACACUUUUUUAUUCAUGGAUUUUAUUUAAUUAUUAUUUAACUAGGAAAGUCAGUUAAAAACAAAUUCUUAUUUAGAAUGACAGCCUACCCCGGACAACGCUGGGCCAAUUGUGCGCCGCCCUAUGGGACUCCCAAUCAGGGCCGGUUGUGAUACAGCCUGGAUAGCCAGGGGUACACUCCAACACUGACAUUUAGUGAGUCUCAGAUCAGAGGCAGUUGUUUGAAUUAGACCAUUUCUGUACUAUGUAUUGAAAAUGUAACAAGUACUUUUAGGUGUCAGGGAAAAUGGAGUAAAAAGUGAAUUAUCUUCUUUAGGAAUGUAGUGGGGUAAAAGUUGAAUAAAGAAAUAGUACAGAUACUCAAAGUACUUUACCCCACCGUCUGACAUGGCCUAAUUGAGUGACUGUCAGUGACUGACAUGAGAAAAACUGCUGAUGCACAACAUUUAGAAAUUGUACAAAUUCAAACUGUCAACAGUAAGUUGAGACCCAGAGUGAGUUUCCACAAUAAUAUAUUCAGGGAGCUCAAAGUAUUGGGACAGUGAGUUUCCACAAUAAUAUAUUCAGGGAGCUCAAAGUAUUGGGACAGUGAGUUUCCACAAUAAUAUAUUCAGGGAGCUCAAAGUAUUGGGACAGUGAGUUUCCACAAUAAUAUAUUCAGGGAGCUCAAAGUAUUGGGACAGUGACAAUUUGUUGUUUUGGAGCUGUACUUCUGCAAUGGUUGUGAGGUUAAAGUGCAGACUGUCAGCUUUAAUUUGAGGAUAUUUUCAUCCAUAAUCGGGUGAACAGUUUAGAAAUUACAGCACUUUGUACAUAGUCCCUCCAUUUUAGGGGACCAAAAGUAUUGGGACCAAUUCACUUGUGUAUUAAAGUAGUAAACAUUUGAGUAUUUGGUAAUAUAUUCAUAGCAUGCAAUGACAUCAAGCUUGUGACUAUAAGUGGUUGAAUGCAUGCUGUUUGUUUUUGGUUGUUUCAGAUUAUAUAUAUAUCAUUCAUUUCUAUUGGGCACAAAUUAAUGUAUUGCUAUUUGAGUCACUUUUAUCACAAAUAAUAUAAUAUAUUUUUAAACACUUCAGGAUAAUCCUGAAUAAAUCGUGAAUAAUGAGAGAGAAAGUUAUACGCACAAAUAUCCCCCCCCCCCCCCAAAAAAAUGCUAACCUCCCCUUUUAUUGUAAUGGUGAGAGGUUAGCGUUUCUUGUGGGUAUGAUAUUUGUGCAUCCAACUCUGUCAUCAUUUUUCACGACUCAUUUAGGAUACACAUGAAUUUGUCCCAAUACUUUGUUCCCCAUUUUUAUGGGACCAUGUACAAAAAGUGGUGUUUAGAAUUUAACUGUUCAUCCGAUAUGCAUGAAAAUACUCAAAUUAAAGCUGACAGUCUGCACUUUAACCUCAGUAACUGCAUCAUGUCAAAUCCAAAGGGCUGGAAUACAGAGCCAAAACAUGUCACUGUCCCAAUACUUUGGGCGUUCUCUGUAUAAUACAUUUUUAUUGAUCCCUGCUCUACACGUACAUACUUCUACUCUGGGUGUAUCGCUGUGUGUUUAUAUCUAGAGACAUUUGGUACACAGUUCCUUCACAUGGGUCUAUUCUCACUUUGUCCUUGAUUUUCUGAAUGAUUUCCGUUCCAUAUGAUUAUCAUCAUGCCCUUCUGUUUUGUAGGUGUGAGAGAGACCCUGUAGGGGUGGGUGGGUGUGUCCUUUAGAAGUAUGUACCUAGUCUAUUAAUUACUAACUGUUCCUUUUCCAUUUAUUUACUCUAAUUUGUAUUUUUUCAUGUUUCUGACGAGCCUGCUAGAAGUGUGGCUGACUAUGCAUUCUCUUCACCCCUAGUUUGUAAAACAAAUCUAUUAAAAAAUAAGUGGUUUUGGCA